AGGCAGAGGGUGAGCACGCUCGCAGACUCUGCAGGGCCAUAGAGGAACACAGAGCAGCAAGCGGCAGCGCUAGUGUUGGCCGGCACCAGGUAGAAGUCCCAGCGCUGUCGCCCCGCAGACCACCGCCGUUGGAUCUGGACACGCCAACGGCGCCCAGACCCCCGCCACCAACGCCAUGGCACAAGCCGCCAAACAUCUCCGCAAGAACAAGGAUUUAGAAGCCCAGCUAGAGGCGGAGCGCAAAGAGAAGGAGGAUGAGAGAGCCAAAAAGAGGAGUCGCUCGCGGGAUAAAAAGCGCAAGGCCCACGCCGUGCAUCGCUGGCUAAUCGAUCAGGACAGUAGUGUGAGCUCUGAGAUGCCGGAUGGCCAAGGAGUAUGGCACUUUGAUGAUGAAGCAGAUGCUGGCAACAGUUUUCUCCGAGCGGCCCGUUCUGGCAACCUGGACAAGGCCCUGGACCAUAUCAAAAAUGGCAUCGAUAUAAAUACAGCCAAUCAGAAUGGGCUCAACGGGCUGCACCUGGCCUCGAAAGAAGGCCAUGUUAAAAUGGUGCUGGAGCUACUCCACAAUGGAAUCGUGCUGGAGACCACCACGAAGAAAGGGAACACAGCCCUGCACAUUGCAGCCCUGGCAGGGCAGGAGCAGGUGGUCACAGAGCUGGUUAACUACGGGGCCAAUGUCAACGCUCAGUCCCAGAAGGGUUUCACUCCACUCUACAUGGCUGCACAAGAAAACCAUCUAGAGGUUGUGAAGUUUCUUCUGGAGAACGGAGCCAAUCAGAGCAUUCCAACUGAGGAUGGAUUCACUCCUCUCGCUGUGGCUCUUCAGCAGGGACAUGAGAAUGUAGUAGCCCUGCUCAUCAACUAUGGCACCAAGGGAAAGGUCCGCCUCCCUGCGCUGCACAUUGCAGCACGCAACGACGACACUCGAACAGCCGCAGUGCUUCUGCAGAAUGACCCCAAUCCUGAUGUACUCAGCAAGGUAAUGAGAGAGACAUGUCCCCUCUCUGAUGUGUCCCCGCAGACUGGAUUCACACCCCUCCACAUUGCUGCACACUAUGAAAACUUGAACGUAGCUCAACUUCUGCUCAAUAGAGGAGCCAAUGUCAACUUCACCCCAAAGAACGGCAUCACCCCUCUGCACAUUGCAGCCAGACGGGGGAAUGUGAUCAUGGUCCGACUCCUGCUGGACAGAGGGGCUCAGAUUGAUGCCAAGACCAAGGACGAGCUGACUCCUCUGCACUGUGCAGCCAGAAAUGGUCACGUCAGGAUUAUAGAGAUCCUGCUGGACCACGGAGCCCCCAUCCAGGCAAAGACCAAGAAUGGCCUGUCUCCAAUCCACAUGGCAGCACAGGGGGACCACAUGGACUGCGUCAAGCAGCUUCUGCAGUACAACGCAGAGAUUGAUGAUAUCACACUGGACCACCUCACCCCUCUGCAUGUGGCGGCGCACUGCGGCCACCACCGCAUGGCCAAAGUGCUGCUGGACAAAGGGGCCAAACCCAACUCUCGGGCACUGAACGGCUUCACUCCAUUGCAUAUUGCUUGUAAAAAGAACCACAUGCGUGUGAUGGAUCUCCUGCUCAAACACUCUGCUUCAAUAGAGGCCGUGACUGAGUCUGGCCUGACCCCCUUGCAUGUGGCAUCAUUUAUGGGUCACCUCAACAUUGUAAAGAUCCUGCUGCAGAAAGGAGCUUCCCCCAGUGCCUCCAAUGUGAAAGUGGAAACUCCUCUUCAUAUGGCAUCUCGCGCAGGACACUAUGAGGUGGCAGAGUUCUUACUGCAGAACGCAGCACCGGUGGACGCCAAGGCUAAGGAUGACCAAACACCUCUGCAUUGUGCCGCUCGGAUGGGGCACAAGGAGCUAGUGAAGCUGCUGCUGGAGCACAAAGCCAACCCCAACUCCACCACCACAGCAGGCCACACGCCCCUACAUAUCGCUGCCCGGGAAGGUCACUCACAAACCGUACGCAUCCUACUGGACAUGGAGGCUCAGCAGACCAAGAUGACCAAGAAAGGCUUCACUCCACUCCAUGUGGCCUCAAAAUAUGGCAAGGUGGAUGUAGCAGAGCUGUUGCUGGAGAGAGGAGCCAACCCUAAUGCUGCUGGGAAGAAUGGUCUGACUCCACUGCAUGUUGCUGUACAUCACAACAACCUGGACGUUGUCAACUUGCUUGUCAGCAAAGGAGGGUCACCGCAUAGUGCAGCCAGGAAUGGCUACACCGCGCUCCACAUAGCAUCCAAGCAGAACCAGGUGGAGGUGGCUAACAGCCUGCUGCAGUACGGAGCUUCGGCCAAUGCUGAGUCACUGCAGGGAGUCACACCUCUCCACCUGGCCUCGCAGGAAGGACGGCCCGACAUGGUCUCCCUGCUAAUCUCCAAACAGGCCAACGUCAACCUUGGAAACAAGAGUGGACUAACCCCACUCCAUCUGGUGGCACAAGAAGGACAUGUUGGCAUCGCAGAUAUCCUGGUGAAGCAAGGGGCUUCAGUCUACGCUGCCACGCGAAUGGGUUACACCCCUCUCCAUGUAGGGUGUCACUAUGGCAACAUCAAGAUGGUGAAGUUCCUCUUGCAGCAACAGGCCAAUGUCAACAGCAAAACACGGCUUGGUUACACUCCUCUGCACCAGGCGGCCCAGCAGGGACACACAGACAUUGUGACGCUGCUGCUGAAGCACGGAGCUCAGCCCAACGAGACAACAACAAAUGGUACUUCAGCCCUGGCCAUCGCUAAGAGGUUGGGCUACAUCUCUGUGAUUGACGUCCUGAAGCUUGUCACUGAGGAGACUGUUUCAAUGACGACCACAGAGAAACAUCGCAUGAGUUUCCCAGAAACAGUGGAUGAGAUUCUAGACGUGUCCGAGGAUGAAGGAAUUGCACAGCUAACAUUAGGAGAGGAGCUCUUGGGGACAGAUGGGGCCAGGUACAUGAAGAUGGAUGACAUGAAAGACCAUGAUGACGAUUUCCUCUCCCCCAAGAAAUCACUGGAGUACGAGAGAGGGCUGGGCACAGCGAAUUACUCGCCAGCCAUUCCCAGGAUCCCCAGAGUCUCCCCGGAGACCGUUCUCCUGAAAGAACACGAGAUAGAUCAGCAACACACUCCACUUCCACUGCCCAAAGAAUAUGAUGAGGACUCACUGAUUCCCAGCAGCCCAGCGACUGAGACGUCAGACAAUGUCAGCCCGGUCGCCAGUCCCAUACACACAGGGUUCCUGGUCAGUUUUAUGGUAGAUGCUCGGGGCGGCUCAAUGCGAGGCAGCAGGCAUAACGGUCUGCGUGUCAUCAUACCUCCGCGUACCUGUGCGGCACCCACCCGCAUCACCUGCCGCCUGGUGAAGCCGCAGAAGCUGACCAGCCCCCCUCCGCUGGUGGAGGGAGAGGGGCUGGCCAGCAGGAUCAUCUCCUUGGGGCCUGCUGGGAUGCAGUUCUUGGGACCAGUGAUCGUGGAGAUCCCCCACUUUGCUGCUCUGGGUCGUGGUGACCGGGAGCUGGUGGUGCUGAGGAGCGAGAAUGGCUCCGUCUGGAAAGAACAUCGCAAUCGAUACGGGGACGAGGUGCUAGAAACAAUCCUCAACGGGAUGGAUGAGGAAUUAGAAAGUCAAGAAGAGCUCGGGAAGAAGAGAAUCCGUCGUAUCAUCUCCACCGACUUCCCCCUUUACUUUGCCGUCGUAUCACGAGUCCAGCAAGAGAGCGACCUGAUUGGACCAGAGGGGGGUCAGCUGACAAGUAAACUGGUGCCACUGGUCCAGGCCACGUUUCCUGAGACGGCAGUCACCAAACGAGUCCGCCUGGGGCUGCAGGCUCAGCCAGUUCCAGAUGAGCUGGUUGCUAAGCUGCUGGGUAACCAGGCAAACUUUAGCCCCGUGGUCACUGUGGAGCCUCGGCGGCGCAAGUUUCACAGACCCAUCGGCCUGCGUAUACCCCUGCCCCCGUCCUGGAGGGACAGCCCAAGAGACUCCGGCGAGGGCGACACCACCAGCCUGCGUCUGCUCUGCUCUGUCAUAGGUGGCACGGCCCCAGCGCAAUGGGAAGACAUAACUGGUACCACCAAGCUUAUGUACGCUAAAGACUGUGCCAGUUUCACAACCAAUGUUUCAGCACGAUUCUGGCUCGCAGACUGUCCUCGGACAGCUGAGGCUGUCUCCUUUGCCAACCUGCUCUACAGAGAGCUGUCCGCUGUACCCUAUAUGGCCAAGUUUGUGGUGUUUGCGAAGAUGAAUGAGCUGCGUGAAGGCCGCCUUCGCUGCUACUGCAUGACCGACGAUAAGAUGGAUAAAACCCUGGAACAACAUGAGAACUUCACAGAGGUGGCUCGCAGCAGAGACAUAGAGGUGAUGGAGGGGAUGCCACUUCACCUGGAGUGCUCAGGGAAUCUGCUGCCUGUGAGGAAGGCCACACAGCAGCCUCGCUGCUUCAGUUUCCAGGCCUUCAGAGAUAACCGACUUCCUGUCUCUGUGAAGGUGAGAGACAGCAGUAAAGAACACACCGGGUUUCUGUCUUUCCUGCGCAAGUCCACCAAAUAUGAGGACAGCCAACAUGUGCUCUGUAACCUCAACAUUACCAUGCCCCCAUGUAUUAAGAUUGUUGGGAGUGAAGACCGGAGGCGAACUCUGACCCCGCUGGCUUUAAGAGAAAGAUACAGCGCCUUGAAUGAACCUGCUAUGGCAUCUAUGAGUGCCAUGGAGAGGACAGAGCUGAAGAUGGCUGUGAUUGCAGAACAGUUGGGACUGAGCUGGGCUGAGUUGGCACGCGAGCUUCAGCUCAGUGUGGAUGACAUCAAUAAGAUCCGUGUGGAGAAUCCGAACUCACUGCUGGAGCAGAGCUCAGCGCUGCUCAACCUGUGGGCCACCCGCGAGGGCAAGAGGGCCAAAAUGGAGAGCUUGUACGCAGCUCUGAAGAGCAUCGACCGUAUGGAUAUAGUGAACAUGUUGGAGGGACAGCCGCCUCAGCCUGCGAGACAAGGCGCACGCGAUCUCAACAGACGUCGACACAACGAGAGAGACAACCUCUCCCCUGGUAUGACCAAUGGUUAUGGGCUCGCCCAGGAAGAGCUUCUCUCACCGGCCUCCAUGCAGUACAGCCUGCCCUCCCCGCUGGGCGCUGAGCCUUACUGGCAGGAAGUCUCCAGUCUGGACUGUGCACCCAUUGCCACCACAGAAGAAGACACCCUCAUGGAGAUGUCUGAUGUGCAGGUGUGGCCCUCAGGCAACAGCCCGUCCCUGGUGCCUGUGGAGGACUCCUCGCUGGAGUGCAGCAAUGCUGACGAUUCAGAAGGUCUGCUGGGGCUGCCGUAUGGAAGUCUGGGUCGGCCGGCUAGUCAGGCCAGUGCAGCCAGCGGAGGGGGUGGGGUGCUGAGUGGCUCCAUUGAGCUGCCCGAAGAUGAUUCAGAGAUGGGCGUUGACUCGCUCAGCACCGCCACGCCAGCCUCACUCGGGGGCACCAUCGCUGGGAUCAAUCUUAACGGGCUGAACAAUGGUCAGGGGUCAGAGGCAAGUUCGGAGGUAUCAGCACUCACCAGUACGACUGGUGGAGAUGGAGCUGGAGGAGGUGGAGGAGGUGGUGGAGGAGGAGGCGCGGGCUCAGUGGAAGGGCUUUCUCUUGUUGCAGGACAGCAAAGGGUGUAUGCUCGGCUGAGUGAGUCACCUGGUCUGAGCUGUGUUGCAGACCGGAAUGGAGACAGGUCAGGUAAUGGUGGAAACGGAGGUGGUGGAGGCUCUUUCCUUUCCUACCUGCAGGAACAGUCAGGCCCAGGAUGGAUCCCUGUCACUGACCCUACACAGGCCUGGGUGGGGAGUCAGCCUAAACCCAGACAGACCAUGGACACCAUGAUAUCGUCAGUAUGUAACGCUGUGGAUGGAGACCCGUCCCGCGUGUCCCAGGAGGCCUUGCUUCAGCCUGUGAGGGACAUGGGACACUCAGAGAUUUUACGGGGGCACUUCAGAGGUACCCAGCCAUUUGAGAAGGGUUUGGGAUUCCCGCACAGGGUACCAGAGCUACGGGCCUGGGACGACGUGCGUCUGAAGGGCCAGGGUGAUGAGGUUGAAGACCUUCCUGGGGAGCAUGUAAGCGAAGAGCAGUUCACAGAUGAACAUGGAAACAUUGUCACAAAAAAGAUUGUGCGUAAGGUUGUGCGCAGAGGGAAGGGUUCAGGUGAGGAGGGGGUUCAGGAGGUGAGCCUGGAGGGUUCUCUGCAGGACGCCAACGAGCUGGAGGUUGAUGCUGAGCAGUUCAUGAGCUACGCCAUCCUGGGCCGGGACAGCAGCAAGCCCGAUACUGUGGAUGUGAAGAAAGGUGCUCAGAUAGUGAAAUGUGCCAGUCUGCGGAGAGUUAAGCAGUGAGGCAGACUGAGUGCUGCGUCCCCGCAGGUACGGGACCGACCCACAGUGCCUCGUCUGACCUGUGGGCUAGACCAUUUAAUCCAGUCGCUCUGGAUUAAAUGCAUCUGAAUGUACCUUUAAUUCAAUACUAAUGAAUGUAAUGUGAUGCUGGCACAGCAAAAUCAAUCUUGACUUUAACAAAUUCUUAAAAUAUAAAGUACACAUUUUAAAAAAAGACGCAGAAAGUUUUAUACCUGUUUUAAAAAUAUAUAAUUAACAGGCUCAGAAAAUGCAGACAUCACAUGAGAACCAUUUUUAAGUCUGUCUAAUACCUAAUAGAAUUGGUUUCAGUCAUGAACUAAUGAACUGGACAAAAAAACAUUUUCUCACAAAACCGAUUUCUUCCCGUUUUUACAGCUUAAACAAUAGAAAUUCAGGCUGCUUGCCUUGUUUACUUGUCAUGUUUACUUCAAAUGUAUGGAGUUAUAUUUGUGAGUAAUAUCAAACACGUCCAGAGUGCACAGAAUUAAUUAAUUAAUUACUUUUUUACUUAAAUGAAAUCAUUAUUUGCUUGAUAAUAAUUCCUCUACAAUAUGUUAUUUUAUCUAAGCAAAAAUAUUAGGGACGCACUGAUUGUGAAAUUCGGGGCCAAUACCGAUACAAGUUGUUGUUGUUGUUUUUUUUUGUGGUUAUUUUCUUCCCCUUUUGUGCCAGAGAAACAAAGAAAUCUUCAUCAUGGAAAAAAAUAACCGAACUGUUUUAGAUGAGUCAGACCGACAAUAACCAACGCAAUAUUUAGCUAUCGCAAAAAUUGUAACACAUGAGAAAAAUAUCCACUGUCAUCUGUAAAUGUCACCUUAUUUGCCAAGAAACCAAUGCCAGUCAACAAAAGCCCCUUGCAGACUUGCUGUUCAAGCCACGAUAUUCACGCCUAGGUAACAUUUCGCCUGCAAUCUGAACUCGCCAGAGGCGUGAUGGGGGGAUCAAGUGAGCCCGGCUCUGUAACACCUUCAAAGGUAGUAAUAGAGGCGUAAAAUAUGUGACAUAUCAGCAACAUGCCUUUCAUUUGAUUCCGACAGGGAUCGAAUCAUGUUCAGCAAAAUGCAGAACAACAUUGCUUGAGUCUGUAGAAUCUCUACAGCGAGAAACAGCACAACGGGCAGUUCUUCCACCAUUAUUGUCUUGAAUUCACCACUGUCGUUGCUUAUUGUACACGAAGUAUCGACCGCUAGUUGUAAACAAACAGACUUCGCUCACAAGGUGAAUACCGAGAGCGAAUACUGAUAUUCAGCCGAUGUAUCAGUGCUUCCUUAAACAAAAGUUUCUGUUUCUAAAAUGUCCCAUGGGUUACUCAAUAUAAUGCCAUACAGACGGACAGCACAAGUCUGUAAAUAAAUCAUUAUUGUUUUGCUGUAAAAUAAGUCAGGACAGUUUGUUUCUUCAUGCAUGUUGUGACAAAAAGGAAAAAGGGUUGGCACAGUGUGCACUCAGCUGAACAACCAACUGAAAAGGAUCUUGUAAAGCUCAAGGUCAAAUCUGCAAGGCCAGUUGUCUGUGAAUUGCUAUCUGGAGCCACUGCAGUGUGUGUGUGUGUGUGUGUGUGUGUGUGUGUGUGUGUGUGUGUGUGUGUGUGUGCGUGUGCGUGUGCAUGUGUGUGACUUGCCCUUUCUAACGUAAAGGCCAUGACAUUCCUGAGAUUAGUGAUAUUUCAAGCGACUCACUACUGAAUGUUAAACCACUUCUGCCAACCAUUUUUGCUUGAACGCUUCUGCAGAACUAAUGAGCUGUUUUACUGAGUAUUACAAAGACUGACCAGUAUCAGAGAGGACUUUAGGUGCUUUAUGUACUUCAAUGUAGGAAAAUUCCAAGAGGACUGUUUCGUGAAGGCCAUUUUAAAGCAGCUAUAAGGAACUUUUACUUUGUGUUGAGUUUGACAGCGUCUGUUGACAAAAGCAAGUGUUUCCAUAAUUAGAAAACCUCUAAUUUUACUGCAGCAGGGUCUGACAGUCUGCCUCGCUCAGUCCUCGUUCUGGUUCUGGUGUGCCUCCUUUUCCAGGCCUGGCAAAAUGACGUGGGUGGUGGAAGAAGCUCUCUACCUUCCCGACAGCAGGUUGAAGGCAGCAGCAAAGCCUUACGGUGUCUGUCCAUGGCGGGCUAGUUGCUGCCCAAGGCCCCACUGGUGUCUGAGCAUGAUUUCAUCUGAUUUAAUUGGAAUUUGACCCGAUGGCACAGUGUCAGGCAUAUAGAAUAACAGCGUCGGACUGGAAACUAAUUUUGACCCUGGAAAUUUAUAUCUGGAUGCAGCUUUUUCCUUCCUUUUUUUCUGUUCCACUUUUGUCCUUUUUAAGUCAGUUUAAUCAUUUCAUUUUGUGUUUGUAUUUGCCAAAAUUGUCGGAUUGUUAGUGCAAACCUGACUUCACAAAAUUGCAAAUAUUCUCGCUGAUGGUCUUGUUUGCUUAUGUCGGCAUCAAUAUUAAAUGGAGUGUUUAGUAACCAGUAAAAAGUUCCUUGUAGUUGCUUUAAAGACUUAUUAUUUUCUUAGUAUUUUCUAGUUUACGCUGACUUACUGCUGCUUGCAUGUCUGCUCUGUAGAUUCCUGAUGAGCUGCAGCUAAACCAACGUGUUUCCGUCUCUCCGCAGAGUUCUCCACAGGAUUCAACCCCUUCACCAAAACCAUCCUACAUGGACACAUGACCAGCAGCUGACAGGAGGAAGAACAUACAUAUAAAGGCAGACAGACAGAAAUGAACGGCAACGCCACAACAACCACAGCGGCUAUGCCGACUAUCAGCACGCACCAGAAGAGAAGGAUACGGAUUUACUUGUAGUUUUUAUUACCUUUUUUUUUUAAAGAAACCGUGGAAAAAAAACAUCUACUACUAGGCUAGAAGCAUGAUUUCGUAUAAAACAAAAACCAAACACAAACAAAAAAAAAACUAGCAACCAAAACGUGCUUCCUGUUAUCUGUAUCAGCAUGAGUGACUGCUGCCGCAUGGCCUGUCUUUAACUACAAAUACUGAGGGAAUAUAAGGGUGGGUAAAAGGGUGGGGAGGGAUGGGGAGGACACACUGCUGUAUGGGACAGGCAUGCAAUGUAGGGUAUGGUCAAUAACUGGCCCGUUUUCUAAACCGACGGGGAAAAAGUCUAACGGGGAAGACUUAAAAUACUGAGAAUUACAUAAUCUCUAGGCAACAGGUUACUCCCCCUCCUCCCUGCCAUUCUCUUCCUUCUAAGAGCAUCACAAACUAGUUUUAAACCUGUCCCAGUGCUCUCAAAGUCCAGUAAAAGCUAAAAUUAUCACCCAGUGUUGUACAUAAUAUCGUAUGCACUAAAAUGCUCUACAUGACUGUGUGUUAUGUGUGUUGUUUAUGUUUUAAGAUCCCUAUGCGAUGCCACUGAUGCUGCUGUUUCAGGUACAUAAGAAACUCCUCCCUGUUUUUCUCUCGUUUGGUUCAUUUGGUCUGAACCUAUAUAUUAUUCUAUAUAUCUUGAGAUCUUUGUGGGUACAAGAACAUGCAAAUGUUGUGUCGCUCUGCCUGUUUUUAAACGUCGGAUUUUUGUGUGUCGGGUUGUUUGUUUCUUUGUGCUUUUCAUGUGCUUUCACCCUUUGCUUUUGACAUGUCAAACUGUAGAGGGAAGACAUACUGUAAGUCGUUUACUGUGCUGUGGGGUGUUUUUGAGCUUUGGGAGGCAGGUUUCUGCAGUGAACCUGCCUCCCUGACCUUCCCCCAGAGUGGUUUGCCUUGUGGAGAGGGGGACAAAAAGAUAUAUGAUGGGUGACAGAUUAUCACGAGAGAUGAACCUACUCUACCAUCCCACUCCUCCGCCUUUUCUUGUCCCCAGUGUGCCGUAUAUCCGUGUGAGGUUUCUGUUAAUCAGAUAUCUGUCUGAGCCAAAAUCCCAACACCCUCUUUCUUAAUCUUGCCCUUAUCGCCCUACCUCCUACCUCUCAGCCCCUCACCCCUCUCAGAGUAGAUGUAGCAGUCCUGUCCACCUCCAGCAGGGGACGGGACCAUCAGCUCGUAGCAGUUUGACCUCAUCGUGCAGUAUAUGACACCAACACACACAAGGUGCAUGUACAGACCAUCUCACCGCCACCAGAAGAUGUCACUGAAUGAGAGUAAAUUAGCUGAAAUGCUGGUGAUAAUGUAGCACUGGUUUAACUGGGUAAAAGAUGAAGAGUCAGCUGGAGAAAGGAAAGUGUUGCGCCGAGGGUCGAGGACGUGUUGAGCUUUGAUGUUUGUCUCCUUGGCAAUUGAUUUGGAGUGUAGCAAAGACAGUCAGUCACCAAUCACUGUGAUGAGAAACUGUAAUACUGACCCGCAACUGUGAGCCGGACCCUUCCCGUAGCGUGUCUCAAGUUCCAAUCCUUUCUUUCAGUGGUAUGUCUCUUUUUUUUUUUGUCAUGAUUUACUGUCUUAACUGUACUUCAGAAGGCAAUAACUGCUUACAAAAGGAAAGGAUUGUUUGUGUGAGUGUGUUUGAGUGUGACAGAGAGAGAGGAUUUCAGGAUCAUAGUUCAUGUUCUUCCUAAGCUCGAGCUUUCGAUCUGUUAAUCACAGCUUUAGGCUACUCCUCACGCCACUCAGAAAUGAUGUCAGUACAUUUAGUAUCCAACAUUUUAUCACUUUGCCUCUCUAGGAAAAAAGUUUUACGCUCAGAUUGAGCAAAUAUUGGUAUGACCUCAUACCAGCCAUCCCAUCUGCAAAGUGCCCAGUGUUUUUGUUACUCAUCGAGGAAUGUAGGUGUGUUUAGUCGUAGCUUUUAAACCUUAAUGACAUUCAUAUGCACCUUGAAAGAAAUCCUAUUUAAUGUGUGUGUGUGUGUGUGUGUGUGUGUGUGUGUGUGUGUGUGUGUGUGUGUGUGCGUGUGCGUGUGCAUGUGUGCUUGUGUGAUUUUAAUAUCACAUAUUUAGUCCUGGAUAUUGGGACAUGUCAAAGUUGUGAUAAUAUCACAGGAAGUAAUACUGCGAAUGGGCAAAGAGCAGAUCGCUCUCAGAUUAUAACUCGAAUUCACAUAUUUUUUAAAGUUGAUUUACCUCAAUAAGCGUGCCAUCUCACAUGAUAUUUAUUAUCUACAUGCAUUUAUUUCAAACAUUAUGUUAGACAUUGAAUGCUUUAUUAUGGGAAAAAUAUGUCAGUCACACAAACGUUGCAAUAAUCACCCAUUAAUAAGUGUUUUAGUACGGCUUCACAGCCAGAGAUGAUGAAUGUAAAGUCUUGGUAUUCUGUAAGUCCUGUUAUAAAGUAGUCAUCUGUGUUGGCUCUGUACUUUAGUAGAUGAUAGGGUAUUCACUCUGUUGUUUCAACUCAGUAUCUGCUGUUGAUCAUCAACAUUCAUUAUAAACAUAUUCAUAGAAAUCAAGGAGGAAGAGAGAUUUAAAGAGAGAAGCCUCAAAUAGGUUUUGGAUAAUAAAUAUACCUUCAUCAGAUAUUAUUUAUAUUUUAUUAUAUUUUUUACUAACCACAAAAAAGUUAGAUGUCAAUAACAGUUACACUGCAGUGUAAUGGUGUAUAUCCCCUUGUGUUAUAGCAUACAGUUUGCUCUCUAAGGGCUCAUUAUUAAGGUAUGCUUGGGUUGGUUUCUGAAGCAGGGGUCGUUUAUAAAUCCACUGCUGAUGUCAGGGUUGGAGCGAGGGGAAAGGGGGUCUGAUGAAAAAAAACAAUAAGAAGGGGCACUUUGACGUUUUAGAUGGAAUUAUUGUGGGGAGGCUUAGUGGCUCUGACGGCUAGUCUUUCAAGAUGACAAGCAUUUUUCCUCAACACAACCCACCCCAAAUCUAUUUCUGCCCCCUUUACCAAAUAUAAGACUGAGCCGAUUCUAAGGCUUCCACAUGGUGACAGUCUGAACGCGGUUUGAAAGGAGGAGUCCAUCUAAGUGCAAGCAGAGGGAGGAGUGGUUGCAUCACAAAAAUGAACAAUGAAAAGCCUGCACUGUGGGACCACUGAGACGAUGCCAUGCACCAAGUUCAUGCAAAAAUAUUAACUGUUGCAAAAACUAGAGAACACAUGUAUAUUCCUUUAGAAUGGAUUGAAGACAUUAUUAACGCAAUAGCAUAUUACUCAAUACUAAGGAAUGCAACUGCGCACAUGCACAGAAAAUGUUUUUAACAUAAAAGGCUAUAUAUAUAUGAAAUAUAUGAAAAUAUAUAUAUAUAUAUAUUUACUUAGAAUGCUAUGCACCCUUACUUGUCAACUGGGAUUCUAGUUAUGUUAUGGAUGUACUUUUAGCAUCAUACAGCUGUAGCUACCAAGAGACUGUUGAGUUCUGGGUAAUGCCUGCAACCUGGGGUUAAAAUAGGGGUCUUGUGGGUAUUUUAACCUGUUUUGUUUGCUUUUUUUUAUUGUUAUGGAGAGUCAAACAUGAAUUUAAAAUAUACAUGUAAAAGCCUUUUAAUCCAAUCAAAUCCGAGGACAUCUAUUGACAAUUUACUCUGUACACCAGCUCAACAUUUACAAAAUUAAUAAAGAAAUGAAAUGUC